GAUAAUUCGACAAUUCACUUCACCUGUUGUUCGGCUCUGCCCUGCACAUUUGCCAUGGCACCCGUCAAAAGAAAGGCCGUCACCGAUGAGCGGCCAAGCAAAAAGGCAAAGCCGGCAGACGUGAAAGAAGUGAAAGAGAGCGCCAGCAAACCGGACAGGACCGAGUCGCGGAAGGAAGAGAAGCGGAAUGCUAAGGAGAAAAAAGAGCGACUGGCACGCAGUGGCGGCGAGCCUGGAGAAAAGAAGGCACCUGUGAAGUCAAUCUUGCAGCAGGAAGAGACUGCCUUCCCAAGAGGCGGCGGGAGUGUAUUGACGCCCAUAGAGCGAAAGCAGAUUGAGGCACAGGCAGAGCGCGAUGUUCUGUUCGAGCAAGAGACGGGACAAAAGGCCGGUGCUGAGGACGAUGAUGGCGAGUUGUUUGACGAGGCAGAGUCUGCACCUGCAUCGAAGAAAAAGCGCAAGGCCGAACGAAAGAGCGAUGGAGUUUCCAAAGUGGAUGGAAGUGGCAUCAAAAUAUCAGGGCUGAGCUACAAGUCACUCGCUGUGGGCAGUGUUGUACUUGGUAGAGUAACAGCAAUCACUGGUCGAGACAUCGCCCUUGCGCUUCCAAAUAACCUGACAGGAUAUGUGCCCAUCACCUCUGUGUCAGAACGAUUGACGACGCGAAUCGAGCGAUUACUGGACGAUGCCAAAUCUGGCGCCGAUGACAGCGACGAGGACGAAGACAUCGACCUAAAGCAGUUGUUCCAUAUCGGCCAAUGGCUACGCGCCGUUGUCACUACCACUGGCACAGAUCCAGCAGAGGGAAAGAGCAAAAAGCACAUCGAGCUGUCCUUGGACCCUUCUGCAGUCAAUGGAGGUCUACCAGAGGAGAGUGUGGUAGUCAACAGCACCGUACAGGCAACUGUCAGAAGUGUCGAAGAUCAUGGUCUAGUCAUGGAUCUUGGUCUUGCGGACGACAGUGUCAAGGGCUUUGUGAGCAAGAAAGAGCUGGGCUCGGCGUAUACUCUGGAAAAGAUACAAGACGGACAGGUGAUGCUUUGUCUGGUCACUGGCAAGGGCAGUAAUGGAAAAGUCCUCAAGAUCUCUCCAGACCCAAGCAGAAUGUCGCUGGCAUUGGGCGACAAAAAGUUGCCGACUGUCAACGAUGCGCCAUCAGUGGAUGCAUUUCUCCCCGGUACUGCUGUCACUGUCUUGAUCACCGAGUCUGGAGUACAGGGCAUCGCCGGCAAGAUCAUGGGCAUGCUUGAUGUGACAGCCGAUGUCAUCCAUGCGCAGGUGAUCGGACUGGAAGACAAGGACGUCAGCAAAAAAUACAAGGUCGGCAGCAAAGUCUCGGCUCGCAUCAUUUAUGCAAUUCCUGGGGACGAUGGCGCUCGGCGGGUGGGAAUUUCGCUCCUUGCACACACGUUGUCGCUUGUGCCGCCUCCUGGAAGACUCCCCGAUAUUGCAACGAAAUCGUUGAAGGCUCAAGCGGCUGAGCUGGAGCAAAUGCUGCCAAUGUCGUCUAUCGUUGAGAAGGCCAAAAUUACCCAGGUCUCGCCCAACAAAGGACUAUAUCUCAGGAUAUCCACCAAAGUGGGACGGGAGGAGCGCGUCUCGACCGCUUUUGCACACAUCUCGCAAAUAUCGGACAAGCGAAUUGACUCACUGUCAUCCACAUCGGGCUCCUACACGAUCGAUUCUGCACACAAAGUACGCAUAAUUGGCUACAGUCCGGUGGACAACAUGUAUUAUGUAUCACUGAAACAGUCUGUGCUUGAUCAAGCCUUCUUGCGUUUGGAAGAUCUCAUCGUCGGUGACCUCGUGAAUGGCACAGUGGAUAAGAUCAUUCUGGGAGGCACCACAGGCGUUACUGGAAUCCUUGUUAAAUUGAGCGACAACAUCACUGGACUCGUGCCGGAACAGCAUAUCAGCGAUGCGCAGCUGAAGAACCCCGAACGCAAAUACCGCGAAGGCUUCCCAGUGAAGGCAAGAAUCCUAUCUGUGGACACAGAGAAGAGACAUGUUCGUCUUACCUUGAAGAAGCAGCUGGUGGAUGAUGUCGACGGAAAGAUCUGGAAAGCUUACGAUGAUCUGAAACCAGGAAUGGAGAGCAAGGGCACCAUCAUCAAGCUGCAUCCCAAUGGAGCUGUCGUUCAAUUUUAUGGCCCCGUCAGAGCGUGGUUGCCAGUCGCAGAGAUGAGCGAAACGUUCAUUGAGCGUCCAGAGCAGCACUUCCGGCUCGGACAAACCAUCCGCGUCAAAAUCGUCUCUGUCAGUCCCGAGGCCCAGGAGAUGAAGGUCACAUGCAAAGAUAGCGUCGCUUUUGACGAGGACCAGGAGCAGGCUUGGAACAAUAUCUCUGGCGGACAGCUUGUCAGUGGAACAGUAACUGAGAAGUCCUCCGAGACUAUCUCUGUCGAUCUAGAGAGUGGGCUCAAGGGUAUCAUCCGUGUGAUGCACUUGGUCGAUGGCUCUCUCGCGAAGGCUGAGAAGGAGGCAAAGCGCAUCCGCGUCGGGCAGAAGUUGCAGAACUUGCUUGUGCUUGACAAACAGGAUCGUAGCCAGACCGUGCUGCUGAGUAAUAAGCCCAGCUUGGUCGAAGAUGCCAAAUCCGACAAGCUGAUCACUACUUUCUCUGACAUCGCUCAAGGAGUCAAGGUUCGCGGAUUCGUGAGGAACACCACAGCCGACGCAGUUUAUGUCGAGUUCGCCAAUGGCAUCGUCGGUCUGCUACCCAAGAGUCAGAUCUUGGCCGAGUCUUUGAGCAAGCCUGAAUUUGGUAUGCGCAAGGACCAAACUUUGAACCUCUGGGUACUCGACAUGGACCACACAGGGAAGCGGUUUCGCUUGACCAUGCGCGAGCAAGCGGCAUCUGCAGAUCAAACUAGUAGCUCUGCGCCUGCUACUCUCGACGCCCUGAGCAAACCUAUCGACUCGUCUCUGAAGUCGAUGUCAGAUCUGGAGCCAGGCAGAAUCACAAAGGCGCGCAUUGCUUCCGUCCGUGCGACACAAAUCAAUGUCCGACUUGCAGACAAUGUUCAAGGGCGAGUGGAUGUGAGCGAAGUCUUUGAUUCUUGGGAAGAGAUCGCCAACAAAGCAGCCCCCUUGCAGAAUUUCAAACAAAACGAUCUGAUCGACGUCAAGGUCUUGGGUAUCCAUGAUGCUCGCAACCACCGCUUCCUACCUUUUAGCCACAGACAGGGCAAGACCCCGGUCUUCGAGCUCUCUGCAAAGAAAUCCCGAGUGGAAAAGGACGACAAGUCUUUGCUCGAGCUUGAUUCCGUGAAAGCGGGCUCAUCUCACCUCGCUUUUGUCAAUAACCACGCAGAAAACUGUGUUUGGGUUAAUCUCUCGCCAAAUGUUCGGGGCCGAGUUGCUUUGAUGGACUUGUCUAACGACGUCGGCCAAUUGCAGAAUGUGGAAAAUCGUUUCCGCGUGGGGUGUGCGUUGCGUGUCAAGGUCAAGGCCGCCGAUAUCAGCACUGGUCGACUAGACCUCACUGCCAGACAGGAUGAAGCAUCAGCCGCCUUGACGCUCAAAGACUUGUCACCGGGCAUGGUGCUCCCUGCACGCGUCAUCAAGUCCACUGAGCGCGCAGUCACUGUUGAACUCGCGAAAGAUCUGAUCUGUCAUGUGCCAUUGGUCGAACUCAGCGACGACUACGAUGAGGUCAACCUUGCGCAGUACAACAAGAAUGACAUUGUGCGUGUCUGCGUGAUCGGCGUCGAUACCCCAAACAAGCGAGCCUUUGUCAGUUUGAGACCAUCUAAGGUCUUGAGCUCCAGCCUGCCUGUCAAGGAUCACCACAUCUCGAAUGUCUCCCAGGUGAAGGCUGGCGACAUCGUACGCGGCUUUGUCAAGAAGGUCGCGGACAAGGGAGUUUUCAUCUCACUUGGCGCCGACGUGGAUGCUCUCGUUCGUAUCGCAGAUCUGAGUGACCAAUUCGUGAAGGAAUGGCGGUCAAUCUUCGAAGUGGAUCAACUUGUGAAGGGCCGCGUUCUCUCUGUCGACACAGAAAGCAGACAGAUUCAAUUGAGCUUGAAGCCGUCCCAUGUUGGUGGCCACUACGAGCCGCCUCUCGGCAUCACGGACAUUGAAGUGGGCAUGAACGUCACUGGAAGGGUCAGGAAAGUCGAGGAUUUCGGUGCCUUCAUCGACAUCGACAACACCCAACCCCGACUUUCUGGUCUCUGCCAUAGAAGCGAAGUGGCUGCUCGACGCAUCGAGGAUGUUCGCAAGUUGUACAGUGCUGGCGACGUGGUCAAGGCAAAGGUGCUGAGUGUUGAUGUUGAGAACCGCAAGAUCAGCUUGGGCUUGAAAGCCAGCUACUUCGCUAACGAAAGGGACGAAGUCGACGAGGAUGAGGAAGAAGAGAGUGAAAACGAAGACGUCGACAUGGAUGGCGGUGUUGAACUCGAAGACGACUCAGAGGGCGGCAUCGAUAUUGACCUAGCGGACGUGCAAGAUGCAGACAGCGACGACGAGGAUGCAGCAGAAGAUGCCAUGGAUGUUGAUGAAGAGCCUGCGGCAGCAAGUGGUGGACUGAAGACCACUGGCUUCGAUUGGGCAGGUGAUAGCCUCGACGCAGAGACGAACGGCGCCGCUUACGAAUCCGAACCGGAGACCAUGACCGUCAAAAAGAAGAAGAGAAAAUCAGAGAUCAAAGAAGACUUGACUGGCGAUCUGGACAAGAACGGACCUCAAAGCAACAGCGAUUUCGAAAGGCGACUUCUUGGUGAGCCCAACAACUCGAGUCUCUGGAUUGAGUACAUGGCAUUCCAGCUCCGACUCAGUGAGGUCCAACAAGCACGUAACAUCGCCGAACGUGCUCUGCGCACCAUCAACAUUCGCGAGACCGACGAGAAGGCUAACAUCUGGAUCGCGUGGAUCAAUCUCGAAGUGGAAUAUGGCGACGAUGAGACCGUAGAGGGAGUCUUCAAAAAUGCAUGCCAAGUGCAAGAUCCUCUCGAGAUGCACGAGAAACUCGCUUCCAUCUAUAUCGAUUCGGGCAAACACAACGAAGCAGAUGGCAUAUUUGAACGCGUCGUUGCCAACAAGAACUUCCGCGCUUCCCCAGACGUCUGGCUCAACUACGCGACCUUCCUGCUCAACAACCUUCGCAAGCCUGAGCGAGCUCACGCGCUCUUGUCAAAAGCUCUCCAAUCUGUCCCCGUAAGCGAGCAUCGUCUCUUGACAGCCAAAUUCGCUGCCCUAGAAUUCCGAACAGCGGCUGGCGACCCUGAGCGUGGUCGCACAAUGUUCGAAAACAUACUCGACGAAUAUCCGAAAUGGAGUUCGGGUUGGGAUAUGUGGGUCGACAUCGAGCGAAGCAGGAUAGCCCACUGCGAAAGCGAUGAAGCGAAAGCCGAGGCGAUCGAGAAGACGAGGGCGUUGUUUGAGAGGACCAUUAAGGUGCCAAUGAAGAAGAGAAGAGCGAAGUUCGUUUUCAAGAAGUGGCUAGAAUUCGAGAACAAGGAGGGUGCAAUGCCUGUGGGCGGCAAGAAGGGAAAGAAGGGCAAUGCUGGUGGCAGUCAGGCUGAGAGAGUCACUGUUCUGGCGAGAGAAUAUGUGCAGAAGCUGGAGGAGAAGAAAGGUGGUGAUGGCGACGAUGAGGAGUAAUUUGUACUGGACUCAUGCAUGGGCGAAACCAAAAGCGCAGGACGGACAAACUUGGAAUGGUGUAGGAUGUAACAAUGUAUAGCACGCAUAUGUGCAAAAAGCGUCAAUUCAUGGCCGUAUGCAUCUGCGGACCCGACUGUGAGUGCUAUUGCCGUUUCUGAUAGCUUGCUUACUUUACUAC